AUGGCGCCGCGUCCGCCAGGCCCGGCUCAUCCCCGUGGCCGUCCCCGGCCGCUUAGGUUUCGCCCGCCUCCAGCUCCGGCUCCGGCUCCGGCCCCGGCCCCCCCAGCGCCCGGCCCCGGCCCGGCCCCGCCGCCGCCGCCGCCGCCGCCGCCGCUGACAUCAUCGGCUCCCCCCCCACCCGCCCCGGUCCUACCCCCACCCCCACCCCCGGAAACAGUCCCCCCCCAGCGCCGCCGCUGCAGCCGAGAGGAAGCCGGCGCGGCGCGGCGCGGCGGACACCGGCUCGGGGCGCUGGGUCGAGCCCACGCAGGGAAACUGAGAGGCGCAGGGCCGCUGGGCGGGUCCCCAGAUCCCAGCCAGGUUGCCAGUCAGUCAUACUACAACCUGCCCGACUUCACCCAGCCGUCACCGCCCUCCACUCCACCCAGUCUCCCCUCACACAAGCGCUGCUGGCCCUCUGAUGCCACCAAAGGCCUGCUUGUGGCCCUGCUGGGUGGGGGCCUGACUGCCGGCUUCGUGGGCCCCUUCUCCCGUAUGGCUUAUCAGGCCUCCGGCCUGCCGUCCAUGGAGCUGCUCAUCUGUCGAUGCCUCUUCCACCUCCCCAUUGCCCUGCUACUUAAGCUGCGUGGCGACCCACUCCUAGGACCUCCUGAAGUCCGGGCACGGGCCUUCCUCUGUGCCCUGCUCAACGUCCUUAGCAUCGGAUGUGCCUACAGCGCAGUUCAGGUGGUGCCUGCGGGCAAUGCAGUCACUGUUCGGAAAGGUUCUUCCACCGUGUUCUCUGCCCUCCUCGCGCUCUGCCUCCACAGCCAGGGUCUCAGCUGCUAUGACUGGUGUGGCCUGUUGGGCAGCACGCUGGGACUGAUCAUCAUUGUGGGGCCUGGACUAGGGACACUGCAAGAAGGGACUCCGGGCCUCUACACGGCCCUGGGCUACGUGCUGGCUUUCCUCGGAGGCCUGGCCCUGUCACUGGGGUUCCUGGUUUACCGCUCCCUGCACUUUCCCUCCUGCCUACUGACAGUGGCCUUCCUAUUUGGCUUGGUGGGACUAAUGGUGUCCGUGCCAGGCCUCUUUGUUCUGCAGACCCCCGUGCUACCCACCGAUCCGCUGAGCUGGAGCUGUGGAGGGGCCGUGGGGAUCCUUGCCUUGGUCUCCUUUACGUGUGUGAGCUACGCAGUCACCAAGACCCACCCUGCCCUGGUGUGCGCUGUCCUGCACUCGGAGGUGGUGGUAGCCUUGAUGCUGCAGUAUUACGUGCUCUACGAGACUGUGGCACCUUCCGACAUCAUGGGAGCGGGGGUCGUGUUGGGCAGCAUUGCCAUUAUCACGGCCCAGAACCUCAGCUGUGAAAAGGAAGAGCAGGUGGAGGAGUGA